CAAUCGAUCGACAGCUUUCGCAGCCAUGUUCAACCCGGCGGCGCAGUCUUCCGUGAACCCGGUCGCUAUGCGGCCACCGUUCCCCUACGCCGCGGUUGCGCCGCUUCCGCCUCCGCCGUUCGGCGUCCCGGUCCGCGUGGUGUGGGCGCACAACGUCGACGCCGAGAUGCACGUCCUCCAGGACUUCGCCAGGCGCGCCCGCUACGUCGCCUUCGUCGUGCACUACCCCGGCGUCGUCCACGGCGCCGCCGGGCAGCAGGACCACAACAAGCUCGCCGCGGAGAAGCGGUACGCGAUCAUCAAGGCGAACGUUGACGCCCUCAAGCCGCUCCAGGUCGGCAUCGCCGUCGGCACCGACGACGGCCGGUGCCUCGCGUGGGAGUUCAACCUACGCGGCUUCGACCGAGAGACCGACCCCCACGCGGCACGCUCCGUCGAGUACCUCGCGGAACGCGGCAUGGACUUCGACGCGCACCGCCUCCACGGCAUCCCGAUGGCGACGCUCACCGCAUGGUUCCAUCACUGCCGCCUGCUUCGCCGACGGGGGCUGCCGUGGAUCGCCUACGCCGGCGCCUACCACGUGGCCUACCUGUUGAAGGUCAUCACCGGCGGUAAGCUGCUCCCUGGCGACAUAGCCGGGUUCCUCGGCGUCGUGCAGCAGUUCCUUGGCGUGGACGUCUACGACGUCGCGCGCAUGGCCCGUGACUGCCCGAGCUUGCCGGUGGGUCUGGAGCGCGUCGCCUACAUGCUUCGCCUCGCGCCGCCAUUGGGGAGCCCUCAGCUCGCUGGUGCCGGCGGCGUGCUUGCGCUGCAAGCGUUUGUUACACUCAAAUUCGGUGUGUUCGGUGGAGACGUCAACAGAUACAGAGGUCUUCUACACGGACUACAAAUUACGUGAAGUUCCGAUGGCUAAUUAGAUACUCUCUUCCUUCAUGAAUAGUAGACGUAUAUUUUAAAAAAUUAAAUUUUAUGUACUUUGACUAAUAUGUAAUUAAAUUA